AUGAUCCGUCACUCGUCCAAGCAGGCAGCCAGCUCCUCAGACUCUGCUGCAGCAACCAAUGCAGAUAGUCCACGACAGGACACCGACUCUCCUGACCAGACAGCGACCUAUAAUUCUGGAUCUACUGUAGACAGCACACACCAGUCCAGCGAGGCCACGCAUGAAAAGAGCGACCAAAAGCUGGAAGCUACCGACCCUGAUGUGUCAGCAACCACGUCUGACGACUCGUUCACGGUCGACCAAGUCAACAAUGCUGUUGACACCUCCAUUAUCAGCGAGAUCCAGGAGGAGGAACCAGUGAGAACAGACAAUGCAGAUGCUGGCAGUGAUGGAGGAUCGUUAGCUGUUCAGGAGGAAGAGGAGGAGUCCAACCCAGAGAGCAAGGUCCAUUCGAUCCAAUUGGCUGGUCAUAUCAAAGGAGUCCCCAAGCAGGUUCAUCAUUCCGACCAUGGUCAACACCACGAACACACGCAACAUGACCACGACCAGAGUCCAACAGCCUCAGUGCCAAAAGACAUUGCGUCCAACACAGCAGAGACCAACCGACAAGGCCAUGGUCACAGUCAGCAUUCUUCUGGGGACAAGGAGGGGUUCCAGGAGGUGGAGGAGUUGGAAUCGACCAAGCAUGCCAAGCGGACAGCGGAUGACCAGGCGAAAGAGCGACAUGAUUACACUGCUGGCGCCUACAAGUCACCCUUCCGCCACACCCACAAAGUCGAAAAAGUCGGCCGCGAGGAGCUCUAG